GCUAAAAUGGCGGAGCCGGCGUGCUGAAGGCUUUCCGUCUCGGCGUGCGUGCUCUCUUCACGGUUCCCUGGUCGUUCUGAGCACGCGCGGUUCCUGCUUUUCGGCGCGAUGGCGGGUCAGACCCUGUUCGUGGGGCGCCUCCCGGCCUCGGCCAGCACCCCGCAGCUGGAGAGUCUCUUCAGUCAAGUGGGGCCAGUGAAGCAAUGUUUCGUGGUCACCGAGAAAGGCAGUAAGAUAUGUCGUGGCUUUGGCUAUGUCACUUUUUCCAUGUUGGAGGAUGCUCAGAGGGCCCUCAAAGAAGUUACCACUUUUGAAGGUUGCAAGAUCAAUGUGACUGUUGCCAAGAGAAAACUAAAGAACAAAACAAAGGAGAAGGAGAAGAAGCAAUGUUCAGUGACUCCACAGGAAGAACCAGAACCAAAGCCCAAGCCUAAAAAAGCAAAAGUAGCUGACAAAAAAGCUAGACUGAUCAUCCGGAACCUGAGUUUUAAGUGUUCAGAAGAUGAUCUGAAGACCUUGUUUGCUCAGUAUGGCACUGUCUUGGAGGUGAACAUUCCUAGGAAGCCAGAUGGAAAAAUGCGAGGAUUUGCUUUUGUUCAGUUCAAGAAUCUCUUAGAAGCAGGGAAAGCCUUGAAAGGCACAAACAUGAAAGAGAUAAAAGGGCGGACAGUGGCUGUGGAUUGGGCUGUGGCCAAAGAUAAAUAUAAUGCAACACAAUCUUCUACUUCAGGUGAGGAGAAGAAAACCACUGAACCCAGACAGCAGGGUGCAAGUCAAGAGGAGGGCAGGGAGGAGGAGGAGGAGGAGGAGGAAGAAGAGGAAGAGGAAGAGGACGAUGAGGAAGAAUUACAAGUGACCAAGGGAGCAAAGACUCAAAAGAGGGAAGGCAAAAGACCACUCUCUUUGGAUGCAGAGAGCAGUGAGGAAGAUGAAGACAGUGACCUGGAGGACAAAAAUAGCAGUGAGGAUGAAGAGGAGCAAGAUCAGAAUGAAGUGGAUUCAGAUGAAGAAGACCAAGAUGUAGAAGUUCCAAAGAAGAAGAAAAGGAAGUUGCCAUCUGAUGUGAAUGAGGGGAAAACCGUAUUUAUCAGAAACCUGUCCUUUGACUCAGAGGAAGAGGACCUGGGAGAGAUCCUCCAGCAAUUUGGGGACCUGAAGUAUGUUCGUAUUGUUUUACAUCGAGACACAGAGCAUUCCAAAGGUUGUGCAUUUGCCCAGUUCAUGACUCAGGAAGCAGCUCAGGCAUGUCUUGCAGCAGCUUCUGCAGAGACCGAGGAUGGAGGUCUAAAGUUGGAUGGCCGGAAACUCAAGGUGGACUUGGCCGUGACCCGGGAUGAAGCUGAAAAAUUGCGAACCAAGAAUGUAAAGAAGCAAACAGGAACCCGGAACCUCUAUCUGGCCAGAGAAGGCUUGAUUCGUGCUGGGACAAAAGCUGCAGAAGGUCUGAGUGCUGCUGAUAUUGCCAAGAGAGAACGGUUUGAGCUUCUCAAACAUCAGAAGCUGAAGGAUCAGAACAUCUUUGUCUCUAAGACCCGGCUCUGUCUCCACAAUCUCCCAAAGACAGCGGAUGACAAACAGCUCCGGAGGUUGGUGCUGACUGCAGUCGGAGGCGGAAGGGCUGUACGCCUGAAGGAGUGUCGAGUGAUGCGUGACCUUAAAGGUGCACAUGGGAAUGUGAAGGGACAAUCCUUGGGUUACGCUUUUGUGGAGUUUGAAGAACAUGAGCAUUCGUUGGCAGCCCUUCGUCACAUUAACAACAACCCAGAGAUCUUUGGACCUCAGAAGAGGCCAAUAGUAGAGUUCUCUUUGGAAGAUCGCAGGAAACUGAAGAUGAAGGAACUGAGGGCCCAGCGAAACCUGCAGAAAAUGAAAUCAAAGUCUGUAGCUGAUGGGCCCCCAAAAGACCAGCAGCAACAGCCUGGGAAGUUCCAGAAGCAUAAGGCAGCUCAUAGUCACACCCAGGGCCCAAGCAAGCUUCCUAUGAAACCGAAAGGGACAACAGGCUCAUGGGCAGGAUUCCAGACCAAGGCAGAAGUGGAGCAUGUGGAGAUGCCAGAUGGGAAGAAGCGGAGAAAGGUCUUGAUGCUCCCCUCACAUCGAGGGCCAAAAAUCAGAAUGCGGGACAAAGGCAAGGCUAAACCCCCUCCACCCAAAAAGCCAAAGGUCCAGAUGAGACAGCAGAAACAGCAGAAGCGACAUUCCAUGCCUGUUCAGGUACCAAAGAAAAAGGCUAAGGGAAAUAAGGCAGAAAUUCGAUUCAACCAGCUGGUCGAACAGUACAAGCAGAAAAUACUAGGACCCACAAAGGGAGCCCCUCUUGGAAAGAAGAGCAAAUGGUUUGACACGUAACCAUAGCAGCAGAUGGCGUAAGCACCUGCCUCCUUUGCUACACUGCCCAACAUCCUGCCUGGUGGCAGGAAAGAGACAAUGGACUGCCAAGGGGGGCAUCUUCUUAGCCCUGAAGUGGACAACAGCCCCUCUCCCUGAGGUCUGCUGGCCACCGAGAGAAAAGUCAGAAAGAUGUUGUGAUGAUCAUUUGGUAUUUAUAUCCAGAUUGUUCUGUGGAGCCAUAGCUCAUCGUUCCAUAUUUAUUCUUGUUUCUUGAGGGAAAACAAUUGUAAAAAAAUUCCUUCUCGUGACGACUUUUGAUAUGUCUGUUUUGAUAAGCAUCCUGUCUCAAGGAAACAUUUUUGAUGUUUUAAAAAUAACAGCUCAUCAUGCUAUUCACGAACUAUCCUUGUGUCUAAUCUCUGUGUGCUGCGCAUGGAGAGCUGGCCAGAUAAGAGUCAGCACGGAGAAGUUGAAAACGAUGCUCUCUAAUCUCACAGGAUGCCUUUGGGACGACUGCAUUGAUCUGUAGGUGAAUGCAGUGGUCCAAUAGGCUUCUCCUGCCCUGUGAGGAGUGCUACUUUGCCCACUGUCUUCAAAUGCCUCUCCCCCACCAGUGCCUCUUUCUGAGAUGCUGUUAUAAACCAUAUGCCAUAGCUUCUCAGCGUAUAUUGGGAGAAACACCUCAGGCACAACCUUGCUACCAUGGGUUGUCUCAGAUCAUAGAGGUAUGCAUCACUUAAAAUUAUAGUAACUAGUCACACAAAAGGGGAAGAAGGGGAGCAAAGUUUAGAGAGCUGUGUCUUUGGGAUCUUGAUGUAUUGGAGAAAUUCCUAAUGGUCUGAGCCAGGGGAAAGAGAUAAAGAAUGUGAGAGUGAGUUUAAAAAGUGCUACAAAUAUUUUUAAAUGCCCUAGAAACAUUCCUGGUACCCCAAAUAUUGCAGACUUAGCCGCCGUCUUAACCUCCUACAAGCUCAAAGUUUUCACCUCAAUCUGUCAGGGACCAUUUCCCAUGCCAAUAUGGUUUUAUUUCAUCAUGUCAGUGGGGAAGUUGGGUUCAUUUUGGGGAAGUUUAAUUUAUAGCUCCCUUUGCCGGAAAUAAUUAUCCUUAAAGAGGUGCUGACAAUGAGUGUUGACAACCUUUACCCCAAGUGAGUGGAGAGGGGAAUUUAGUGAUGUAACAUGAAUAUGUACUUGUAUAAAUACAUUGUCUUUUUUAAAAAAUUCUCUUCUGCUGAGGAAACAGCUUUCUGCAUUGCUUGUCUAUAUUGACCCUGAAUUUUCUGUAUUUCUUGUCUACACUGGUUUCUACUUGACUCAACAGUUAAGUGACUUGAAGAAGUCAGCUGAUUUCAGACAUUUCCUAUAAUUAAAAUUUGUAUCUUUGCCAGUGCCUAGUACAGUGUUUUGUACACAGUAGUCCAUUAAGUGUUUAUUGAAUGAGUGAAUGACUCUCUCCAACUUUGUGAAGGAGCAAUAUUUCUACACCUAGCUCCCAGGCUCAAGUUAUUGACCUGUCUAAUGAAUGGCCAGAUCAGACUGGGCUGGGAGCAGUGGAAUUCCUGCUCUGCCCCUCCGCUCCCAGGGUGAAACCCUGGGCAGAUCGGUGAACAGUUCUGAUUUUAUUUUCAGGCCAACAUGGUAGAUAUGUAGAAAAUAAAGAAAAAAGUUAAAUGAUACAGUUACAAUUGAGUAAUCAUUAUUCUCUCUCAGUGUUUAACCAUGCCAAAGCAGUAAGCUCAGAGAAACAACCUCCAAGCCAGAGCUUUCUGUGGGGAGGCUCAAAAUGGAGAAUUAGCCAGGGGGAAUGAGGCCUCAGGCUAGGCAAUAGUAGCUUGCAAUGUAUCCUAGAGGACAAACUAGCUUCUCCUUUCUUGAGUUAUUUCAUGGCAACCUUUUGUAUUAUGUUAAUAAAAUAUAUCUACCCGAAAA